UCCAUUAAAUUUCAUUCAGCACAAUCUACACGAUGGGUGCAGACGCUAGCAAAGUUCAUCUGCCUCAGAAGAUUUGGAAGAGACCUGAAAACCUUGGUCCGAGGAUUUGGUACGAAGAAGGUGACAUUGUUGUCCGAGAUGUGACCCCUGACCUGAAACCUUUUGUUUUGGAGCACAUGAAAAAAUAUUAUUUGAACGACGAACCCAUGAAUAAAGCUCUGCACACAACUGAUGAUGAAUCGACAACAACGGAGCAAAUUUUAAUGUGGGAAAAUUGUAUCUACCCAGAUAAUGUGAGCAUUGCCGCAUUGAAAAAAGGAACACCUGGCGCUGAUAUGGACAAAGUGUCUGUAGAGAAUCCUCCAGUUAUUGUCGGAGUGAACCAACUUUUUGUUUCGUCAAAAAACGACCCUCCUUUCCCUGAUUUCAAAGAGGCCGUGAAAAGUGAAAAACUUUUGCGGUGCCUUAACACGUUCCGUCAAACAAGCCGAAUGGUUAAUGUUUUUGAAAGAUAUGGAGUGGACCACUACAUUGACGGCGGAGGAAUGUCCGUGUCACCAGAGUGGCGCGGGAAAGGAAUCGGGCAAAUGCUGGUUCAAGCCAGGUACAACCUGUGCAAGGAAAUGGGCAUUCCUCUGACGAAGACAAUUUUCACGGCAGUGCAGUCGCAAAAAGUAGCUCUGAAGGGUGGUUUUGAGUUGUUAGGGGAGAUCUUGUACAAGGAUUUAAAAGAACCAGAUGGCCAAAUACGUUUCCCAGAUAUGCCUCCUGAACAUACGAGGAUUAUGCUGAUGGCAAAAAGGAUUGAAUAAUAUUUAUAUAAGAGAGAGAUAUUUUUGCCUCCAGUAGUUACAGCAAAAUCUCUACAGUGGCGGAUUGGCGGUGUCGUUUUGUCACACAAUUGAAUGACCCUCUCCAAAAAACAAAUAUUUUUUGUGACAAUUUUGUUAAAUAAAGAAAAAUAAG